AUUAACUCAAAGCAAUCAUUACCACGUUCUUAACCAUUUCCAUAAUUCAAUUUAUUCGCCUCUCCCCCACACUUCUCGGAUUCACUUCUCGGCGAAAAGCUUCAGAUCUCAGUAUGGAGGCGGCUACGGAUUCUCCUAACAGAUUGCAUUCCCGUUUACGUCUAUGGGAGUUUCCCGAUCAGUACGUGAUCGAACCUGCGGAUGGCUCAGGCGCUCCUUGUUUGGAGAUUAGCCGCGUCGACGCUUCCAUGAAGCUCAUCGAUCAAGUGGGAGAAUGCGAUUCCUUGCGUGUUCCUAAAAUCCAUCCUAUUUCUGGUGUCGUUGGGAUGUUGAAGCUCCUCGCAGGAUCAUAUUUGGUGGUUGUGACGGAGAGUGAGCGUGUUGGUUCGUUUCUUGGCCAUCCUAUUUUCAAGAUAAAAUCUCUCAAGGUUCUUCCUUGUGAUCAUUCACUUAAGAACUCGCCUGAAGAACAGAAAAAGAUGGAGACUGAGUUCUCCAGGCUGCUAAGUGUUGCUGAAAAGACAACUGGUCUCUUUUUCUCAUAUGAAGUUAACUUAACACUGAGCACACAACGCUUGCAUGAUUUGGGUGCUGAGUCUAAGUCGCUUCCUCUGUGGAGACAGGCUGAGCCGAGGUUUCUUUGGAACAAUUACAUGCUGGAAGUUCUUAUCGAUAAUAAGCUUGAUCAGUUCUUGCUUCCAGUAGUUCAAGGGAGUUUUAAUAGUUUUGAGACGGCUAUUGGGAAAGAUAUCGUUGACAUUACUCUGAUUGCAAGAAGAUGUACUAGGAGAAACGGUACGCGUAUGUGGCGAAGAGGAGCUGAUGCCGAUGGCUACGUUGCUAAUUUUGUGGAGACUGAGCAAAUUGUACAGAUGAAUGGAUAUACGUCCUCAUUUGUUCAGGUCAGAGGAUCCAUGCCCUUUAUGUGGGAGCAGAUUGUUGAUCUGACUUACAAGCCUAAGUUUGAGAUUGUGAAACCAGAAGAAGCUACAGGGAUUGCUGAACGUCACUUCUUGGACCUAAGGAAAAAAUAUGGAUCAGUUUUGGCAGUUGAUCUUGUCAAUAAGCACGGUGGUGAGGGGCGCUUAAGUGAGAAGUUUGCUAGUGUUAUGCAGCACAUUACUGGGGAUGAAAUAAGAUACCUACACUUUGAUUUCCAUCAAAUCUGUGGGCAUAUUCAUUUUGAGCGCUUAUCAAUUCUGUACGAGCAGAUCGAGGGGUUUCUUGAACAAAACGGGUACUUUUUACUAAAUGAAAAGGGUGAUAAAAUGAAGGAGCAGCUUGGUGUUGUCCGAACAAACUGCAUAGAUUGCUUAGACCGUACAAAUGUCACCCAGAGCAUGAUCGGUCGAAAGAUGUUAGAGCUUCAACUCAGAAGGAUCGGUGUCUUUGGUGCUGAAGAAACCAUAAGCUCCCAUCCAAAUUUUGACGAACGCUAUAAAAUCUUAUGGGCUAAUCAUGGUGACGACGUCAGCAUUCAGUACUCUGGUACUCCUGCACUUAAAGGAGACUUUGUCAGGUAUGGGCAUCGGACUGCCCAAGGUGUCCUUAAAGAUGGUUGGAGUUCCCUCCGACGCUAUUACCUGAAUAACUUUGCUGAUGGAACUAAGCAGGAUGCGAUUGAUCUCCUGCAAGGGCACUACAUAGUUGCUGUGAACCGAGACAUGGCUCCUGUGCCUCAAAAGGGGGGCCUCGAGGCGGUAGCUAACUUCCCAGUGGCAUUGGCGGUGGUUCUGCUCAGUUUCUGGUUUGCAACAAUAUCUCUGAAACAAGCUGGGAGUGAUUACAAGCAUAAGCACUUGUUCUUCACGCUUCUGUGGACGGGCAUCUGUGUGGGAGUCGCAGCACUGGUUAGGGCCAAUGGCCGGAUCUUCUGCAACCGGCCACGUCUCCACAAGCCCAGAGGCUGAUUCAUCUUCUUCUCCUCUCGGGGGUGACCAUUGUGAACACUAACUAAGACAUGCCGCUCAAGUUUGAGCCAAAAGUUUUUUUUCCGUUUGUUAUUUUCUUGUAAUCAAAGUUGGAUCUUGUGACACCAUGUAGAGGCAGUUGUCUCAGGUGGUGACCUCCUUAUGAGCUUAAUACUCCCACAUCCACCAAUGACUCGAUACUAUUACAAUUACACACAUUUCUUCAUUUUCAUUAUAUGUUUACUCAUGGCAUUAGCAUAACUAUCUCA